CGUCACAUCUGUAGUCGGUCUCAGCAGGCAGUGUUGGGUCAACGUUUGGUUCUGCAGUUGGUCAGUAUGUGUGGAGGUGUAUCCAGACUUGCUCUGCUUCUGGUGCUGUGGGGUCUAUGCACAGCUGUUAACGUGACACAACAGAAAACAUUGGAGACCGGAGGAGCAGAUUCCACUCUUCUCUGCCCAAACCAAACACUCACUGACAUCCUUACUGUAGUAUGUCACAAAAAUAGAGUUAUACAUGAGGGUCAUGAGUGCAGAGUUUCAUACGACGUUGAGACAAAUCAUACCAACAGCUCUUGUGACCCCAGAGUCACACUACAGAUAGAGAAUGACAGAGUGUUUCUACACAUCACCAACAUACAACCAUCUGACGAAGGGAACUACACCUGUGAUUGUACACAUGAUGGAGGCAAUUCUGAUAUAAACAUACAUAUUUCGGUCAAUGGGACCCAAGUGCAACAGGCCACAGACAACCGUCUCUUCUAUUGGGGGAUGAUAUCAGGCGUUGUAGCAUGUGUAGCUGUCCUGGUGUUUGGUGGCGUAAUCAUGAGGAAAAUUCAUCUCAGGAGAACACAGCUACAAGUGUCUGGAACCGUCAACGAGGUGCCACAACACUGCUUGCUGUUGCCUGAGGAGCCACAGGACAAUGAGCCCUACAACACGUUCACAAGGAGAGACAACGGGCUUUACUCAACUCUGCAGCUGCCGCAUCCUAACCCCUGACCUCUGGCACCGUUGACCAAUGACGACAUGGCAUUAGACACCUUCUCGUAACAUACAGCUAGCUAUACAGCUAUAUGGUAGAGUGGUAGAUAUGCAUUUACUGUGGUCCUUCUGUGGCUCAGUUGGUAGAGCAUGGCGCUUGUAACGCCAGGGUAGUGGGUUCGAUUCCCGGGACCACCCAUACGUAGAAUGUAUGCACACAUGACUGUAAGUCGCUUUGGAUAAAAGCGUCAGCUAAAUGGCAUAUAUUAUUAUUUAUUAUUAUUAUUAAUAUUUUGAUUAGUGAAAAUGCAUUUUCCCUUGUCUGACUUGCCAUAUAUCAGCCUCUCCUUUACUGUAGAUGUUCUGUGGUUGGUGUAACUAUCAACACAUACUGUCUGCAGGCUUAUCAUGUCUAAAAAAGUAUAGCUGUUGUGUUUGUGGAUAGAACAAAGUAUGUUUCUGUGGAGAUCACCUGAUCCCAAAGUCAUUAUCUUUUCCACCAGGUGUCAGUGUACUGUUGUAAAAUACUAACAUUGUGCUGUCAUGAACAUGAAUGGAGAAAUCAGUAAAAGUCCCAACUGCCACUGUAUUCAAACUGUAACUUUAAAAUACAGAAUAUUAAUGUAGACCUGUUUUGUAGUUUUCUGUUUCCUAUAUAGGCCUGGCUACAUGAAUUAGUCUACAUGUUUAAGUGCAUAUGUUAAUUUUAAAAAACACACACAACAACUAGUAACGAGCUGGAUAUGAUUUAUUACAACUGUUUUUCCCACAAAAUGUAUGUAUGCUGUAGCCUAUGUACUUCUGUGGAUGCAAGGCCAGUAUAUUUAAAGCAUGAGAUAGUUGUUUCAUG